AUGGUCAAAGUCGCAAUUCUUGGCGCUUCUGGUGGCGUGGGACAACCGCUAUCUUUGCUACUGAAGUUGAGCCCCUACGUUUCCGAACUGGCUCUGUAUGACAUAAGAGCUGCGGAAGGCAUCGGUAAGGACUUGUCUCACAUCAACACCAACUCAAAUUGUGUCGGAUAUGACAAAGACAGUAUUGAAAGCUCCUUGACGAAUGCACAGGUAGUUCUCAUUCCCGCUGGUGUGCCCAGGAAGCCUGGUUUGACCAGGGAUGAUCUGUUCAAGAUGAACGCUGGUAUUGUGAAAAGCUUGGUGACCGCUGUUGGCAACUUUGCGCCAAAUGCGAGGAUCUUAGUCAUUUCGAACCCCGUCAAUAGUUUGGUCCCCAUUGCUGUGGAAACCUUAAAGAAGAUGGGCAAGUUUAAACCCGGAAACGUUAUGGGUGUGACAAACCUUGACUUGGUGCGUGCAGAAACAUUUUUGGUAGACUACCUGAUGUUGAAAGACCCCAAGGUUGGACAAGAACAGGACAAGACUACAAUGCACAAGAAAGUCACCGUUAUUGGAGGCCAUUCCGGUGAGACGAUUAUCCCAAUAAUCACCGACAAAUCGCUGGUGUUCCAGCUUGAUAGGCAAUACGAGCACUUCAUCCAUAGGGUCCAAUUCGGAGGUGACGAGAUCGUCAAGGCUAAGCAAGGUGCAGGUUCCGCCACAUUGUCCAUGGCUUUCGCGGGGGCCAAGUUUGCUGAAGAAGUCCUGAGAAGUUUUCAUAAUGAAAAACCAGAAACGGAGUCUCUCUCCGCAUUCGUUUAUUUACCGGGCUUAAAAAAUGGUAAAAGGGCACAGCAACUGGUCGCCGACAACUCUAUUGAAUAUUUCUCACUGCCAAUUGUUUUGCAAAACGGUAGCAUCGCGUCCAUUGAUACUAGCAUCUUGGAGAACCUGUCUCCAAGAGAAGAACAACUGGUCGAUACCGCGGUCAAAGAACUGCAUAAGAAUAUCCAAAAGGGCAAGAGCUUCAUCCUAGACUCUUCUAAGUUAUAA